GCGAGUGCGGCGCUGCGGGCAUAGGGGAUGCGGGCGAGAGACCUGCGUCGCCAGUUCAGGGUGUUUGUGUAUUGCCUCUCGGUGGGGCCAUGUCGGCGGGGGAGUUGGAGCGACAGGCACGGGAGGACCCGUUGUAGGCAGAUCGCCGGGGGCGGAUGACCGAGGCGUCGAGGAGACUGAUGGCAGAGGCCCCGGCUUGCAGCCCGUCAGUGCCAUCGUCCACCACAGGUGUCAACACACCCGCAUAUGUGGAGGGCACAGUCGCGGCAGAGGCGGUACGGGGCCCCUCGCCGACUCCCGCCGGGGAGUCUCCUUCUCCUCAGUCACGGAAGAAGAAGAUGAGAGCAGGGAAAAGUCUUAGUAUCGUGAGGAGAGUGACGCAGACGAUGCGGGCAAGUCAGCCUGGGUUGGCCGGUUUACAUCCGCGGACACGGGCGAUUUUGAGCGGGGACGUUGUCGCUGACGCAGCAGGAUGGCAGGAGAGGGUCUCCGACCGAGCGACGGAUCAGCCCAUGAGUGCACCUGCUGAGGCGACGUUGCCACAUACUGCAGGGCGUACAGCGGGCACCGGCGACCAUGUUGAGCACAGUGUGCCCCCCGGGAGGAGCAUGGCUGCACGUAUAUUGCGGGAGGAUGUGAGGGCAGCGACAGCGCAGCGACCGUCACAGGCGCCAGUCGUUUGGGAGUCUGGUACAGACGAUUUGGAGAUGCCUUAUGGCCAGCGGAGGAGGGUUUCCGUGUACGAUCUUCUUCGACCACAGGGAGGGGUUGAGGCGGCGUCACAGGGGGAGAUUCAUGCUCCGGAUACUACGCACGCGCCGACAGGCGGCACAGGUCGUGGGGAUGGUGUGACAGGUGUGGUGCCGCAGAGGAGGAGGAAGGACAUUGUGGACGACGAUGAUGCAUAGUUCCACCAUUAGUCUUCUUUCAUCCUCUGAUUCGUAGUAAUGUACAAUAUAUUUAGUGCUUGAGACG